AUGUCAGGAGAUGGGAAUUGCUCCGAGCUGGUCUCCUCGGUCGCUGAGCGGCCAGCGUCCCCAGAGCUCACCAUGGCGCUGGCCACGGUGCUGAUCUUCACCAUCGUGGUGGACAUUGUGGGCAAUGUCCUGGUCAUCAUAUCUGUAUUCAAGAACAGGAAGCUCAGGAAUGCUGGUAACAUCUUUGUCGUCAGCCUUUCUGUAGCUGACCUGGUUGUGGCAGUGUACCCUUACCCUGUGAUCUUAUUUGCCAUUUUCCAACAUGGAUGGAAGCUGGGUGAUAUUCACUGCCAGGUUAGUGGAUUUCUGAUGGGAUUGAGUGUCAUCGGAUCAGUGUUCAACAUUACAGCCAUUGCCAUCAACAGAUAUUGUUACAUCUGCCACAGUUUCAAGUACGAUAAGUUGUACAGCCACAGGAACACGACCUGCUACCUGUGCCUGACCUGGGUCUUAACAGUUGUUGCAAUUGUACCGAAUUUCUUUGUGGGCUCUCUGCAGUAUGAUCCUCGUGUAUAUUCCUGCACGUUUGCCCAAACAGUGAGCUCCUAUUAUACAAUUGCGGUGGUGGUUGUUCACUUUCUAGUCCCCAUUGGAGUGGUGAGCUACUGCUAUCUGAGGAUCUGGAUUUUGGUCAUCCAGGUAAAAAGGCGGGUGAAACCUGAUGAGUCCAAGUUGAAGCCCAGUGACUUGAGGAAUUUCCUCACCAUGUUUGUGGUCUUCGUGCUCUUCGCCGUUUGCUGGGGGCCUCUGAACUUCAUCGGUUUGGCUGUAGCCAUUAAUCCUCUGGCCGUGGCUCCGAAAAUCCCGGAAUGGCUGUUCAUCAUGAGCUAUUUCAUGGCUUACUUCAAUAGCUGCCUCAAUGCAGUCAUCUAUGGGGUCCUCAAUCAGAACUUCAGAAGGGAAUACAAGAGAAUCCUUAUGUCACUGUGGUCUCCGAGACUCUUCUUCAGUGGUAUCAUCAGUAAUAUUAAGAGAUUGUCAAUGUGCCAUUUAUCUUUUGCUGGCCAUGCAUAA